CGUCGCCCGCUUAUUUAGGUAUAUUGUUGUUUAUUUUAUUCGGCGCUAUGCUCCGACACGGGCCGAGCCUUCGACUCAGUUUUAACGCGCACGUUUUAUGAAACGACAACUAUGCGUCGAUGUUCGCUCGCCGGCGAUAAUAAUUAUUCAUAUCGGAACCGUCUCUAGCGACCGAAAUAGCGACGCGGUAAACAAAUUCGCGAUUUUAUUGGCAGGUCCUCAUUGUAACGAGGAGUUUUUUUCUGCAAUAUUUACAUUUAAUUUAUUUUUCAUAACCUAUUCGCACGCCGCCGGUGCCUCGGUUGUCUCCGCGAAUCUUAAUGGUAGUUAAUCAUAGUUUAUUUUUACCGCGCAACGUGUGUUCAUAAGUGGGGCCACUUGUCGCCGUUUCUUUUAUUUCGCCAUAGUGUUUGAUUAAAACUCGCAAUUGAAUUGCGGAAGCGAUCGCGGCCGUGAAAAUAAUGUUCGCGAAUUUGCAGCGCUCUACGAAAACAGUCGGCAUGAAGACCCAAUUAUAAAGAUAACAAGAUAUGGAUUUGAUUAACUACUUCGACGUAUUAUGAUCGAUGUAGAUGUCCUGUUUUGACAGUUUUGAAUUUAUAUGUGUUCGCCGCGCUUUCGGAAGUUUCGAUAAUUUGAAUGAACUUUUGGCGGGAAGUCGAAGUGCUAACGAAGAAGUAGGCUGCACAGAAAGUUUGGAAAAGUGUUGAGUACACAUCGGAUACUGGCGAGUGUUUUUUCAACGCGUUUUCGAGGCUAAGCGCUAGUUGUUUGAACAAGUGUGUUUUCUAAUGGAUUUAUUUUGAGAUUGUAUUCAAAACAUCGAAGCUGGCCUGCGUCAGUCUUGUCGAGAGUACUGAAGUGGCGUGCCGCAGGGCAUCGUGUUAGGUCCAAUAGACUUUAAUUGUUUUAUGAAGUGCAGUGAACUGGAUUAGUGUUAUCUGGAUGUGUCUCCAAAGGGAUGAAGACUAUGGUGACAACUUAGAUGAAGCGACACCAAUGGUGCAACUACCUCCAGUGGGUCCGGAGUCGGCACUGAACUCAAACCCGGGUGGCGCCGCGAAGCCGCCGCUCAUCAACUCAUUCGAGCUGGACCGGUGUUUGGACCGGGAGGAGUCCGGCAGGUGGGGCGGCGAGGCGGCGCGGCGACGCCGGCGCAGCUCGCCCCCGCGCCGCGCCUCGCCCCCUCGCGACCAUGAGCCCCUCGCACUUGCACGGGCUUCAGCCCCAACAUCACCCCAAGGCUCGGCCCAUUCGAGCCCAGCACCGGUGUCUCCAGCCGGGAGCGCUGGUGCGGCAGGUGGGGCUCGCUCCCCACUGCCACUUGUGGCACCCGACCUGCUGGCCAUGCAGCUCCUCGACCAGCACACCCAGCUGCAAGCCCUCAUGAAGCAGCGGCUGUUCCACCAGCAUCAUAUGCAGAAACAGCAUAUGACAUCGGAGGCUGCAAAGCGUCAGCUGGAACAAUCGCGGCUGCAAGACCAGAUUAAUCUAAAUUUGCUGUCACAAUCUCAUCUGCCGCCACCUGAUACGUCGCCAGGUUCUCUCCAGCAGCAACUAGGGGCCCAGCAGCAACAGCUGGUACAACAGCUGCAAGCAGUUCAGCGUCAGUACUUGAUGCACGGACCACUCCCCGUGCCUACUAAUGCUCCUCCAGGCUUAAUGCUGUGGGGCAGUGAGAUGGAGGAGCAUCCUCUUUUCGGUCGUGGCGUCUGCAAGUGGCCCGGCUGUGAUGCUCUCGCAGAAGAUUACCAGGCAUUCCUUAAGCACCUGGAAGCAGCGCAUACCCUGGACGACCGGUCGGCGGCGCAGGCGCGCGUACAGAUGCAGGUGGUGGCGCAGCUGGAGCUGCAGCUGCGGCGCGAGCGGGACCGCCUCGCCGCCAUGAUGCGGCAUCUGCACGCCGCCAGGGACACCACGCACCAUCAGGCCAAGCAUCCGCAUGGUACUGCUUCUGAAGGCGCAUCUCCAGGUCCAGUUCGGCGCCGUGUCUCCGACAAAUCUGGUGUCGCUAUAGCUGGAGAGAUCCAACGCAACCGCGAGUUUUACAAGUCGGCUGAUGUCCGGCCGCCAUUUACAUAUGCCUCACUUAUCCGACAGGCUAUAAUAGAAUCUCCUGACAAGCAGCUGACUCUCAAUGAGAUAUACAACUGGUUCCAGUCGACCUUUUGCUACUUCAGACGCAACGCUGCCACAUGGAAGAACGCGGUGCGUCACAACCUGUCGCUGCACAAAUGCUUCAUGCGGGUGGAGAACGUGAAGGGCGCCGUGUGGACCGUCGACGAGGUCGAGUUCUACAAGCGACGCCCGCAGCGCGCCGCGCACGCGCAUCCCCCGCCGCUGCACGCCGGGUUCAUGGGAGCUCAGAGUCCUCCAAUGAUGACCAGUCCUCAUGGAUAUAGCGAAGCAUUGAAACGAAACCUGCAGGGUAUGAUGGAAGACUGCAAUCUGUCCUACAUGUCCGGUGAGGAUCACAUGAUGCAGUCUGAAGAUUAUCCAUCCUCGCAUGAUGAUUACAGUCGGCCCCCAAUACUAAAUGGAUACGGCAGCAGCAGUUCUUCUCAUGAUGUCAAGGCCGAGGACCUGACCAGCGAUCCUCAAGAUGUUAAACCAAACAUCUACGCACUCAAGAACGAGAUGCAGGCUUCUGAUUAUUCUAACAAAGACUAUUCAAACUCAAACAAAGAGUCGUCCAGCAACCGCUCUGGCGAAACUAGUCCUUAUGAUGACUACCCGAGGGCCGAAGAUCGGUACCGGCCUUCCAUGUCCCACAUCAAGGACGAAGCUGAAAACUUGUCCCUCAAUGAACAGAGAUCUGACAAAUAAAGUACCGCGACUUCGCAGGCACGUAUACUAGUGUCUAACGCGAUCAAGUAUCAAGAUUCUGUAGCUUUUACUUGUACACAAGCUGUGUAUGUGUAACCAAAGCUAAAGUGUGUCUGUACACAAGUGUGUAAAUACACACGUCACGUGGACUAAGUGUAAAUCGUUAACAGUAACACUCCAGUGUUUGGCGUUUAUUAUCACAGUAUAUAAUACUAUAUUAAUUACGGGUGUAGAUCUAUUUCAAGUUAUUAGAAAUGGUGUACUAGAAAGUGUAAUGUGUUCACUGUUGGAAGUUUUUAUAAUUAAAAAGAAAAUGGACGAUCUCGAAAUGAGGAAUUGUAAGUUAGAGUUAACCAAAUAUAUUUUUGUCUUUAUUUUUUAAUUGACCCGGUUUUAACGGGGUUUUGAAGUAUUAUAGGUUUUACGUUUUUUUUUAAUUUUUAAUUUUAGUCUCCCCUUAGGUUUGGUAGCUGAGGUAGUGUAACUUGUUAGUAAUAUUUAUAGUAUGUAAGUGUUAGGAAGUUUUUAGAUGGAACGGAUUGCGCAAAUAAUCAUUGAAUUCAACGAUAAAAUAACCUUAAAAGGUCCAUAUCAAUAUUUAAAUAAAAAUAUUUAAUCAUUAUUUGUAAUAUACAAGUAUUAAGAACAAUAAGUAGCAACUAUUGGUAUAAUAAACAUAAGCUUAAUUAUACGCCUAGCGUUUCAGUUGUUUUAUCAUUUUGUGCUUCAGGAAAAUGAAUAAGAUCUCAGAACAUUAACAUUUAUUUUCAAAAAUACAGAUACCGUUUUAUUUUUUACAUAUUUUUUUGUGAUUAUUGAUCUGAUGUAAAGUUAUGAUAUGUAAUGUUUAUUUCCAAUGGCGGCCAUAAUAUUUUUGGUACCGUUUAUUUUUAUUUUUUUGUUUUUACUUAAUUAAUUCCAAGGAAUUGUUUCUAGUGUAAGUUUAGACUGUAAAUAUUUAUCAUGGAUUGUAAAAUAAUACUAUUUGAAAAAAAAAAAUAAGGUUAAAAUUUAGACAAGUGUAACAUUCACUUAACUUAACUAUUGCAUAUUAAAUCGUUCAUGUUGUAGAAAAAAAUAUUAGAAAAAAUGUAAUAGGUACUUAGUAGUAAAAAUCACUGUAUUCUGAUAAUCUUUUCUUGUUUUGUUCGAAAAAAAAACAAUUAUAAUUUUCGUGCAUUUUUCGAUUUUGCAUUUAUACUAUAAAAUAAUAAUAAUAAGGGCGUUAUUUUGGUUAUUUUGUUACAUUUUCGAUGUUUAUUACACGGAAACGGUGGAAACAACCAUAUCACACAUUAUAUGUAUACUUAUAACGUAGAAACUGUAUAAUGAGUAUGUUAAAUGUAUAUUCGGAAUACGCAAUAACUUUGGGAAUUAAAAAUGUAUACAUUGAUAGCUAUGUAGGUGUGUCACAUUUUUACAUAUUCUAUGUGAACGUGCUAAUGCUGUCACGGUUGGGUCACGGUAAAUCGCUUUACAAUUUUCAAACUAGAAAUAGAUAGACAGAAUUGAUUGUUAGCUGUUCCUAUCCGCCUAAGAUUGCCAAGUCCCGCCGCCUGAAAUUUAUUCCAAACUCUAACUUUACCGUGACCUGACACAAUCUUACACGCAUUUGUCACAAACACGUAGCCAGUAGAUAUACAAUUUCUUCGUACCUACGUUAGUAACUGCCAUGAUGUGAGGCUGUUGGCAAGAAUCCUUUACUAAGCUGACUGAUAUUUUCUUUCAUAGACUCGCACACUUAUGCGUGGUUACAGCCCCGAACAGUUAAGUACAACAAUUACGUAUAUCGUUCACAAAUACUUACUUACAUUGCACGAAAACAAGGAUUCUGAUAUUGGAAUUGAGAAAAUUUUAUAUUAUGUCGACGAUUUAUUUUUUUAUUUCUAUUAUUUAAUAAUUGCGUACUUGCUUAGUACGUAAGAAAUUAGGAAUGUUCUGCACUACACCGCUUAGGGGCUGACGCUGAUUGUGAUUUUUUGUCACAAACUUGCGUUUAAAGAUGUGACAAUACGGUGACUAAGUAAUAUUUGCAUCGUGACUGUCAGUCGACUAGUAAAACUAUAGGAGUCUGCUUACUAGUGACUUUUUGUGCUUAUUUCAUUUUGAAGUCCAUUACCUUGUCACUGAAGAAGAGAUUCAGUAAGUGGCAGUGACAAAAAAUCGCAAUUAGUGGCGGGCCCUACGAAUUUUUUUAAAAUAUUAUUUUGCUAUUGUAGAGUUAUUAAGUUUUGCAAUUAUGCCUUUGUGAUCGUACGGGAUCGGCGUUGAUCGUUGUGGAUUCGAGCGGUGUAGUGUGAAUGACCUCUUAUAAUUGUUCAGUUUACAUUGAUGGUCAGCGGAAAGAGUGCUUAUGUUCAGUGGAGCUGCUGUGCUCGAGCCAACACGAAUACUUAUUGAUCAUUGUAAAUUAUACUUACUUAGUGUUGUAUUAAACGAAAUAAUUACAAUUA